AUGGCGGUGGUGUCGAUCGAUGUCGGUCGAUCGACGAAUUUAGCCUGUCCACUUUACAAUGAAAUUCAAUCCAAAACAAAUCCAAACGUUCCUUUUUCUGCAGCUUCGAAAAAGCCGCUGUCACCUUUCGCCAAGUUUCGUCAACUCGAUAGACAAAAUAGCGCCUGUUUGUCACCAAGUCCUGUAAAAUCACCGGCAACGGAAUUUCGAUUCAAAUUUACCGAACCAACUGUACGAGAUAACGCUGCGCAAAUUAAGGAGCGAUUACUAACAUGGUGUCGAUCAAAAACCAAAGAGUAUGAGAAUGUACAGCUUGACAACUUCUCGACAAGCUGGAACAAUGGUUUAGCAUUCUGCGCGUUGAUCCAUCAUUUUAGACCAGAUGCUUUCGACUACAAUUCUCUACGUCCAGAGAAUCGCAGGAAAAACUUCGAACUUGCUUUUACGAAGGCUGACGAAGUCGCUGGAAUCGCGCCUUUACUUGACGUCGAGGACAUGGUGAUGAUGCAACGACCAGACUGGAAGUGCGUUUUCACAUAUGUUCAGUCCAUCUAUCGUCGCUUCAAGGAUGAAGACUAG